AUGGUCAUGGCACACAUAAGGUUUUGGUUUUUGUCAAAAGGAGUGAGCAUCAAUCUCCGUCCAAUUCUGGGGUAUGACAGAUUUGUCCACAUAGUACCAUUUGAAGGAACAUUACACCUCGUCCUCAGAUAUGGACCAAGAUCAGUAAAUCUUAUCAUGGAUGCUAGAGAAGCUUGGCUGUAUGGAGCAGCAGGUGCUAAUACAGUUGUCCAGUUUGAGCGUAAGAAUGGUACCCCCUAUAUACAACAUGAAUAUUCAAUUUCACUGAAUGGAGAUGGCAGAUACUCCCAAGUUGCCAAAAAAGGGCCCGGAGACAUCCCUAUCGGGAUAGAUGCUCUAAGAACAGUAUGUUCUGUAUUAUCAGAAGCUGAUGAAAAUACUGAUCUUGAUGAAAUUGAAGAGCAACUUGGAGUUGCGGUUGCUCACAUAAUGGAACCACUGAAGUUUCAUAAGCCAUAUGAAAUUGUGAGCGGGGCCAUAUUCUCAGGUGAAAGUACUAGUUUUGAGGAGAAAGAUCCUACUGUCAGAUUUCUGGUCAAGAUUUGGGGAAAGGCUGGUCGACAGCUGGGAAAGUACGUUUUUGGUCACUUUUGCAAUGAACCCCAGCCUUUGCACCUCAAUGAAAACCUGAAUGCUGGAGGCAUAAAAAGCCUUGAGGAUAUUUUUGAAAACAUAUUUAUUAUGCCUCAAGCAUUCAUACCAGUGCAGUAUCUUGAGAAGAAGAAACCUUCAGACAUAUCCUCAAUGGUCAAUUCGACCUGGCAACCUGUUGAUCUGGGAAGAGGCGAUCCCAAUGUAAUACCUCUUGAGAACCUGUACAGAAGAAUACAGGAACAGAGAGAACAGAACAUCAGAGACAACAAGUUUAUUCAGGACAGGAGGAAAUAUUUUGGAGACAGGUUGGGUGGGAAACCCUGUGCUCAGGCCAUAUCAUUUGUAAAGUCAGGAGCCACAAGCAGUGUGUUUUCCUGGAAAGCAUCUCUGCCACUGCCAGUAAAAGGCAACCGUAUCUUAAAUGCUGUUCAAAUAGCUAAGAAAAACUGUCGAUUCUUCAAAUAG